AUGGGCCCCAACGUUGGAAAUGGCUUCGGCGGCAUGGAGAUGGGGCCUGCGAUGCCGAGCAACGGCACCAACGCACCCCAAGCUACAGAGUACACCCUGCAGGGCGUCAUGCGGUUCCUCCAGACAGAGUGGCAUCGUCACGAGCGAGACAGAAAUGCCUGGGAGAUUGAGAACCAGGAGAUGCGGUCCAGGAUAGCCAACCUCGAGGGCCAGGCACGACGCGCCGACGCCACGCAAAAGGCUCUGCGCAAAUACGUCGCCAUUCUCGAGCGCAAGGUCAAAGACCAAUCUGUCAAACUAAAAGGGACGAGUGCAGACGAUGCCGACACCAUUGCCCAAAAGGAUCGUGAUGCCAAGAUCCGAGAGAGGCUACACGGAAAUGCAGAGAAGCAGCAGGUUCCUGGUGCAGAUGGUGUGGAGAUGGAGCGUACCGACGACGAAGCACACAGGCAGGAACUCAAGAAUUUCCUAGACCAGUGCCAAUCCGAAUUCAUGUACCUCAUGAUUGCACCAGCGAAUCCUUUACCCCCGAGAGACUCCCCGCCUCUACCUAUGAUUGAGGACCUGCGUGAGGUUGACCCGUACGGGCUCGGUCCCCCCCAAGAAUCCCGACAUUUUCAACUACCAUCGCGACCUGUUCAGAAUCAUGUGCAGGAAGUCCGUCAAAAUCCGCCCACCACCACAGUCUCGAUGCAAGAUCCAUCCAGCUUCGGCCAAAAGACCUCCAACUCCCACCCGCAAGUCGUGGUCCGCACAGAGGAGCAGCCGCCGUAUCGAACUGCCAACGACUGGUCGGCCCCCAUUCCCAUCUCGAUGCGAGGUACCAACGACAGCGGCGUUAGCCCCUCUCAAUCUGUCGAGGCGCUGGGCACGGUGCAGGAAUCCGAGAGGGCGCCUGCACCACCCCAAGACCCGGACGGAUGGGACUUUUCCGAAGGCGCACUGCCCGAAACUGCGCAGUCCCAGAGCACCUCUACUUCGAACCGUCCGGACACAGACGUGUUUCCUCACGCAGACUACAUGCCGAAAUCGCCUGGUCGGGUGCCUGGCAGCCAGCGCAGAAAGAGCUCCAUGUCGAAGCGGCGGAGUAGCGACCAGGACCUGAGCUUGUCUUCGCAAAAGGCAGAUAGCGGCAACUUUAAGCUGCGGUUUGGGCUGCGCGGCCACCUCAACACGGUCCGCACUGUAAUCUUUUCCGGUGGUGGCAGCCCGGGCGAGCCCGAGAUUUGCACAGCCGGCGACGACGGCAUGAUCAAGCGAUUCCACAUCCCACGACUCGACACACACUCGGGCAUGGGCAAUGCCGCAUCUGAUCUUGACGUGAUUGCCAACUUUACGCAUCGCGGCCAUAACGGGGCUGUGCUCUCUCUGACAUCGUGGUCGCCGGCGCCCAACUUUUCCACGGGCGGUCGCGCGCAAGGCGACGGCUGGAUCUUCUCUGGUGGGCAGGACUCUACCAUUCGUGUCUGGGAGCGUGGCCGCGUGGAUCCCAAGGCUACGCUCGAAGGUCACACAGAUGCAGUGUGGGCUCUGUGCGUCCUGCCCACGACACUAGGUGCCAUAUUCGGCAACUCGAGUCAAUAUGGGACUCCAGACCGCAUACUGCUUGUAUCCGGUGCCGCAGACGGUUCCGUCCGCCUGUGGUCCGUCAGCGCGCCGCCGCAGCUCACCUCGCCGCAGCCGGGAUCCAACCGAGGCGUUCCCGGGCGUCGCGUGCGCGGCAAUUCGAUGAGCUCGGGCAGCGGGUUCGCCAGCUCGCCACAGCCCAGCACGGCAUCCAACUCGCCCUUUUACCAGACGCUUGUGCAUGUAAUACAACGAUCCGACGGCGCCACCGCCAGCCCAACGAGCAUCGCGCCCCUCGGCACGUCGGGCGCCACAUUUGUCGUCGCGUACGCCGACGCCGCAGUGGUGGUGUAUGAUACGAGAACUGGCGAGCAGGUUGGCCAGAUGGACAGCGGGGAGACGUACGACGGCACACCAAAGACGAGCGUCAACGCGGUCGUCUCCACGACGAUUGGCCUAGACCAAGGAAGCCAGCACCACGGCAGCAACAUCAACGAAGAAGAAUCGGGUGGUGGAGGGCCUACGGGCGGGCGGUCCAUGGCGGGCAGCGGCGUCGAAGGCAACAUCAUUACCGGCCACGAGGAUCGCUUUGUGCGAUUCUUUGACGCCAACAGCGGCCAGUGUACAUACAAUAUGCUCGCGCACCCCGACGCCAUCUCCAGCUUAUCACUCAGCCCCGACGGACGGGAGCUCGUGAGCGCCGGCCACGACGCGUCGCUGCGGUUCUGGAGCUUGGAAAAGAGGUCGUGCGUGCAGGAAAUCACGACGCACCGCGUGAUGCGCGGCGAGGGCGUGUGCUCGUGCGUUUGGAGCCAGGACGGCAAAUGGGUCGUGAGCGGCGGCGGCGACGGCGUCGUCAAGGUGUUUGCGCGAUGA